UCUAGACCUCGAUUCCUUCCGCUCGUCCGCUUACUUUCAUCAAAUAAAGCGGCCUACAGAGCAAUCGAAGGAGAGCGACAUGUCCUUCGCCCUCGCCCUCCCCGGUACUACCACCCGCAUCCCCCUCUCCUUUUCCGCCUUCACAGCAGCGAGAAGCAGAAGAAGAAGAAGGGAUCUCUUCUCCUCUUCUUCCACCACAACCUUCGCCAUGUCCUCCAAUCCCAUCACUCCCUCGCCCCCCCAACUCCAGCACCAACACCAACACCAACAGGAGUCAUCGUCAUCGUCGUCGUCGUCUGCUGCUGCUGCUGUAGAUGCGGCGACGCGUUACCACAACAGGACGAAGCACUCGCUGACGGGGGGCUACGCCCAGGGCCCGCGCGGCCUGGACUGGGCCAAUCAGCCAAACCCCUUCCUCCGCUUCCUCUCCUCCCCUCUCCUCCCCCUUCUCCACUCUCCCCCUGAACCUCACGACGACUCCCCUCUCUACCACUCUGUCUUCUCCUCCUCCCUUCCUCCGCCGCAGCCCUUUUCCCACGCCUCCAUCUCCCGCCUCCUCUACGACUCCCUCUCCCUCUCCGCCUGGAAGUCCACCGGCCUCUCCACCUGGUCCCUCCGCGUCAACCCGUCCAGCGGCAACCUUCACCCCACCGAGUCCCACCUCCUUUCCCCACCUCUUCCCCUCUCGCAACAACAACCCUCCUCUCCUCCUCCUUUCUCUUCCUCUUCUUUCUUGGCCCAUUACUCACCCAAGGACCACUCCCUCGAGCUCCGCGCCUCGAUAUCCCCGCCGGACCUCCCCCUCCACCGAUCUCUGCUCCUCGCCUUCUCCUCCAUCCUCUGGCGGGAGGCCUGGAAGUACGGCGAGCGUGCCUUUCGAUACUGCAACCAUGACGUCGGCCACGCCCUCGCCGCCACCGCCGUCUCUGCCGCUACUCUCGGCUGGGACGUCUGCCUCCUCGAUGGCCUUGGCCACGACGACCUCCAUCGCCUCCUCGGCCUCGACCGCUCCAAUCCCCCGUCCCCCGACAGGCUCCCCGACCGCCCUGUCCGUGGUCGCCUCCCAUGGGUCGAGUCUCAGCACCCCGACUGCGCCCUCUUGAUCUUCCCCUUCGGCGAGACUCCACCCUCGGUCGAUUAUGCCGAGCUUGCCUUGGCGUUAUCCCGCUUACCGGCGAUGGAGUGGCUCGGCAAACCCAAUUCCCUCAGCAAGGACCAUGUCUGUUGGGACGUGAUCUACAAGACGGCCGAGGCCGUCAAGAAACCGCCGACGUACGGUGAGGGGUUCUCUGUGAAUCCAUUCCAUAGGAGCCCGCUUAUAUCACCUGAUCUCUACAAGGAUAUGACGGUCCGGCAGGUGGUCAGGAAGCGGCGUAGUGCUGUCGACAUGGAUGGCGUGCAUGUGCUGGAGAAGGAUACCUUCUACCAGAUCUUGCUUCAUUGCCUUCCUUCCGGUGAAUUGGGGCUCGGAGAGAAGCAGGGGAAGCAAUUCACGUUGCCGUUCAGAGUCCUGACAUGGGACGCAGAGGUGCACGCAGCACUGUUUGUUCAUAGGGUCCGGGACUUGCCAAAGGGGUUGUACUUCUUGGUGCGGAACGAGGAACAUCUUGACCGUCUAAAGAGCGCAAUGAGGUCAGAGUUCGAGUGGGAGAGGCCGGAAGGUUGCCCUGCUGCGCUUCCUCUCUAUAGGCUUGCUCGAGGAGACUGUCGGGAGCUUGCCAAACAACUUUCGUGCCAUCAGGACAUUGCCUCAGAUGGGUGUUUUAGCCUAGGCAUGGUUGCUCGUUUUGAGCCAGUUCUGCGUGAAAAGGGUGCAUGGAUGUAUCCUCGUCUGUUCUGGGAGACUGGAGUUCUUGGUCAAGUACUAUACCUGGAAGCACAUGCAGUUGGGAUAUCGGCUACUGGAAUUGGUUGCUACUUUGAUGAUGAUGUUCAUGAGGUUCUUGGUCUGCAAGGGUUGGAGUUCCAGAGCCUUUACCACUUCACCAUUGGAAGCCCUGUGCUGGAUAAACGAAUUUUGAGUCUGCCAGCGUAUCCAGGCCCUGGAAUUGAUGCAUAGUCUACUUCAAUGAGGAUCAGCAAUUCACGGAGGAGUACUGGGAAAAUUAAGUCUUGCUUCCAAAUAUCCUCCUGUUCAGCAAUAAGUAGCACUUGAUGGGUCACAGACAUCUGUUGUUGUUUCCAUUCUCUAUGCAAGGGUUUUAUAAAAUAUGAAAAGAGGAUUCCUGUUUGUGGUAACCGGACAGUGGCAUUUUGAGUUAGAAGUUUUAAGCACACACACCUGUAAAUUGUGAACCUGUCGAUAGAUUUUGCUGCCGCGUAAAUAAACAAGUGCGGUGGCAGCACAUUCUUCCAGAUGUGUGAGGAACUGAUAAGAGAGUAGUGAUUGAGAUGUGGCACAAAUGGUUAUAGUUAUACAAAGAUGUUAAAUUAUCUGGCAAACAAACAAGUGCACUGGAAAUCCUUGAGCUUCUUUAUAUAUAUAUAUAUGCCAUACCCCAGA